CUAUAUACACCUCUGCAAUGGAUAUGCUGGGAGGAGCUGGUGUGGAAAAACAAUGCAGGAAAACAGACAUUUUAGCAGAUGCCGCCUAUUGUAUUUUAUCAAAGCCAAAAAGUUUCACCGGAAACUUCAUUAUUGAUGAGGUUUUAUUGAGAGAAGAAGGAAUUAAGAACUUUGAUGUAUAUGCAGUCGCUCCAGGUUAUCCUUUGAUACCAGAUUUUUUUUUAGAUGUGGAUCCUGAUACGAUAGCAAUGAAAAUGGAAGCACAUGGAGCUUCUCCAACCUUCAAAGAAGGGAAAAAACAAGAUAUUGUGAAAAAUGAAGGUCCUGAUAAAACAAAGGCUGAAGGACCUGAUAGAGACAAACUGCAUGUACACUUUGCUGAAGAUAAACCAGCAGGGCCCGUAGCAGAAACAUUUAAACUUAUAAAAGGAAUGAUAAAUGAAGAUAUUGUAAAGGCAACUCAAGGAGUUUAUCAGUUUGAAUUAUCCGGUGAAGAAGGAGGAACAUGGUACAUUGAUCUUAAGAACAAAGGUGGCAGUGCAGGAAUUGGUGAGGCACCUGGAAAGGUCGAUGUAAUUAUGAACAUGUCUGGCAAUGACUUUGUAAAAAUGUUUUCAGGCAAAUUAAAGCCAACGAUGGCUUUCAUGUCUGGAAAGCUGACAAUCAGGGGAGAUGUUGCCUUAGCAAUCAGGUUGGAAAAACUGAUGGCUCAAUUCAAUGCCAGACUUUGAAAAUAAAUGGGGGAAAUUGGUAUCACACUGAACUUUCAAUAAAUAUGUAAUCCUUUGCUGUUGAAGAUAACGUCUCUUAUUUAGCGUAUUUGAAUAAUAACUGGACCGUUCCUAACUUGUUUCGCUAUUAUUGAUUAAAGGAAAUAUUUGCUGUAUUUGCAGCACACCCAAUAAGAAUUAACAGAUCAUCAACUGAUAUUAAAAACACUGAUUUGUUUUAAUUAGACCAUUACUAUUUCUAUUUUAUUCUAUUUUAAUUUAGAAAAUAUUGCCAUUUUGUUUUUUCUGAGAUUUCUAUGUAUUUCUAAAUUGAAGACACUAUAAGCAAGAAGUUUAAUACCAUGCAGGAAGACUCAGUUGUUCUGUUAAUAUUUUAAAAAAGUUGACAUAAGUGCAAUUUUUAAAAUAAAUAACUGUAUUAUCUCUGGUGAGGUGGGUUUUUUUUGUUAUAUUAUUAAUGCUUGGAAGCACAAGUGCCUUUUAGAUUUUUUUCAUAUAUUUCAGUAAUUAAAUGUAAGAUUUUUGUGGUGCAAAAUACUAAUAACCAAAAGAUGACCGAGGAAAGUUAAUGUUUUCUGUCUCUUUCUCCUUCCACUUACCAGCCAUCUAGAUUUUUUGUAGCCCAGCUUGGUAUCUCUACAAUAAUAGAAUCAGGAUUUUUUUUUAAGUUUUACCUCUCUGGAAUUGCUCAGAGAUUAACAAAUCAUUUCUAUGUCCUGGUAAGAUUGCCUCAGAUAUGGUACUAUUUUAAAAUAAUAAUAACUUUUUUAGUUAAAAUAACUUUUUUAAAAACACUGACUGAUGUCCAUACUUGAUUUCUGUCAAACUGUAACUACAGAGAGUGGAAAUAAAACAUGUUCACAUGUG